CAUUUUGAGUGUAGCGUGAGAGAAAGAGAUCACUUUUACUGCAAAAGGAAAAAGCUCAAAGUCUUUCAUGUGCUGAGGCCAAAGAUCAUUGAGAAUUGCUGGACCAGCAUGGAGGAGACCAGCAGUGUGGCGCUCCUGGUCCCCCACACGCGGGAGCAGCAGGACGUAGCCUUCGCCCCGGAGCUGGGGGCUGCCAUCGGGGCGCAGAGGCAGGCCGCCGACUCCCUGAUCCAGGUGAUCGAGAAGCUCAGCAAGAUCGUGGAGAAGAGGCCCAGGCGCUGCACGCUGUCGGGGAGGAAGAGGCCCCACCUGCCCUGCGCCUCCGUCCCACCGCAGGACAACAGGGGGGAGGGCGAGGACGCCCCCUCCAAAAAGGCCAGAGGCGGCGAGGGGCCUGCGGACGGGGCCUCCGGGGAGGACCGUCUCCAGCCAGGAGGCGCGCAGGAGGCGUGUGGCCACAGGACGGUCACCUGCUACCAGUGCAGCCUGUGCAGGUUCACGUCCCCGGCGCUGUCCCAGCUCAAAGAGCACCUUCAGCAGCACGACGAGCAGCAGAACGAUAUCAUCCUCGUGUGCUCCGAGUGCUGUUUCACCUCUCGCCAGCAGGAGGAGCUGGAGGCGCACAUCAGGGAGCACCUGGGCGGCGAGGACUGCGUUAAAGACGACGCGUCGGAGUUGCGGGGUGGCACGGGGAAGGGGGCGGAGUUCUUCGGGGAGGAGGCCAGUGGCCCGCGAGCGAGCGCAGAGGACGGGGAGGCCAAAGCUGGCCGCGAUGGCGCCGCGGAGGGAGAGCCCGCCGGGAAGAAGUGGUACAGCUACGAGCAGUACGGCAUGUACCGCUGCCUGAUCUGCAGCUACGUCUGCGGCCAGCAGCGCAUGCUCAAGACGCACGCCUGGAAGCACGCCGGCCUGGUCGACUGCUCUUACCCCAUAUUUGAGGACGAGUCAGAGAGGCCCUCCGCGCAGGCCCCGGCCCCUGCCGAGGAAGCCGUGGUGGUUCUCGCGCCAGAGGCCCUGCACCACGCCCCUUCCUUCCAGAUCAGCCUCUGCCCCGUGCCGGCCGACUGCCAGGAGAAGCCUGCCGAGGAGCCGGAGGAGGCCAACGCCCCCAAGGUCCCUGAGGCAGAGGAGCCAGUGGUGGAGGUGCAGGUCACCACCGAACAGGAGCAGGAACAGGAGUCCUCCAGCAUGGACAGCCUCCUAACCUCCGCGCAGAAGAUCAUCAGCUGCAGCUCCAAUGGAGCAGGCCACGUCAAUGUCAUCGUGGAGCGGCUACCUGGAGCAGAGGAACCCGGAGCCAGCAAGCCCUUCAUCAUAAGCCCAGACACGCAGGCCAGAGAGCCCUUCAUCAUGGGCCCAGACACGCAGGCCAGCAAGCCCUUUGUCAUGAGCCCAGACACGCAGGCCAGAGAGCCCAUCAUGGACCCAGACACACAGGCCAGCAAGCCCUUCGUCAUGAGCCCAGACACGCAGGCCAGAGAGCCCUUCAUCAUGGGCCCAGACACGCAGGCCAGCAAGCCCAUUAUCAUGGGCCCAGACACACAGGCCAGCAAGCCCAUUAUCAUGGGCCCAGACACGCAGGCAAGCAAGCCCUUCCUCAUGAGCCCAGACACGCAGGCCAGCAAGAGGCUACUGGUGGAGGAGGCCCACCCAGUGUACUACGAGGAGGAGGUGGUGAUCGGCUGGUGUCACGGCGACCCGCAGCAGGGCGGGGCCGAGUCCCCUGAGGACCCGGCGGCGGACGAGAACGUCCCGCCGGCCCGGAGGAGGACCCACUCCGAGUCCCUCAGGCUGCACUCGCUGGCCGCGGAGGCCCUGGUCGCCAUGCCGACGCGGAUGCCCGAGCUGAUGAAGGCCGGCAUCAAGGGCGUGGUGGAGCUGAGCGCGCAGGGCCCCGGCGCCGGCCCGCGCUUCGUGGAGAUCGCCUCCGCAGGCGAGGGCCUGGCCGGCGUGGAGGACGUGGCGGGGGGCACGGCAGCGCUGGUGGGCCUGGAGCUGCAGGCCUCCCCGCGCAGGGACAGCGGUGCAGCGGCGGCGGCAGGCGAGGGCCCGGCCAAGGCGGGCAUCAGCGUGUCCCUGCUGACCGUCAUCGAGAAGCUGCGCGAGCGCACCGACCAGAACGCCUCCGACGAGGACAUCCUGAAGGAGCUCCAGGACAACGCCCAGAGCCAGCCGGGCGGAGAGGGCGCCGCGCCCGACGCCGGCCUGGUGGAGUUCGUCCCUGACAGCGACAGGCCCUACCGCUGCCGUCUGUGCCGCUACAGCAGCGGGAACAAGGGCUACAUCAAGCAGCACCUGCGCGUGCACCGCCAGAGGCAGCCGUACCAGUGCCCCAUCUGCGAGCACAUCGCCCAGGACAGCAAGGACCUGGAGAGCCACAUGAUCAACCACUGCAAGACCCGAAUGUACCACUGCAAGCAGUGCGCCGACACCUUCUACUACAAGAGUCAGCUGAGGAACCACGAGAGGGACCAGCACGGGCUGGGUGACUCCACGGCAACGCUGAUCCCCGUCACCGAAACGACGGCUGCCAUGGAGGAGUCUGAGGAGAAGGCCGCAGAUGAGGAUGCUUGCAGCGUGCAGAAGAUCUACAAGUGCGACGUGUGCGACUACAGCAGCUCCACGUACGUCGGCGUCCGUAAUCAUCGGAGGGUCCACAACUCGGACAAGCCUUACAGGUGCUGCAGUUGUGAUUUUGCUACAACUAACAUGAACAGCCUGAAGAGUCACAUGAGGAGGCACCCCCAGGAACACCAGGCUGUGCAGCUGCUGGAGCAGUACAGGUGUUCCAUGUGUGGCUACGUGUGCAGUCAUCCUCCGUCUCUCAAGUCGCACAUGUGGAAGCACGCAGGUGACCAGAACUACAACUACGAGCAGGUGAACAAAGCCAUCAACGAGGCCAUAUCGCAGAGCAGCAGGUCUCCCAGCAUGCCUCAGAAAUCCACCGCCGUGCUGGAGCAGGCGUGCGCGCUCUCCAGCGGAACGGAAAGGGCCACGCCCAGUUUGGACCCUCCGGCUGCGACCUCUCUGGAAACGGGUGGGGCGGGCGCGCCUGUGACAUCGGCAGAGGUCGUCCAGCACUCGUCCCCGGCCGGAGGGACCCCCAGUGCCCCCGAGAAGGGGGCUGCUCACCCCAGGGUGGGCAUGGAGUACUGCGUGCUGCUGUUCUGCUGCUGCAUCUGCGGCUUCGAGUCCCCCAGUAAAGAGCGGCUGAUGGAGCACAUGAAGGAGCAUGAGGGGGAGAUCAUCAGCAUCAUCCUGAACAAGGAGCAGCAGCAGGGAGUCCAGGCAGCUGCCCCUGGCACGGGCCACUGAGGAAACCUCGCCCCCUCCCCAUCCCACAGACCCAAUGGCAACCUGCACUGCCCCCAUGCUCCUCCCCCAAGGUCCCCACCGUCCCUCAGGAUUAUAUACCCACACUUAUUCUGAGAGUAUCACUAUGGAAAUGUACGUCUGUGUCCCAUCUCUGCUACUCUCUCCCUCUCUAACAGUCCCUUUGUCUCUCUAUCUCACUCGUCCCCUCCUUCCUCUCUAUGUCCAUCUCUCUUAACAGUCACAAAUGACUGUCGGUUUUACGUUGCCUUUCCUCUUGAAAAUUUGAUCAUCCUUUUUCAGAUGGAUGACAAAUGAUGGUCAGUCUGUAACUAACGAACAGGAAAACUAGGCCAUCAGAACCUUCAUUUUCAAAGGAAUCUUAAAUAUUUUUUUUAGAAAAUAACAGUUGCAUACAUUUUUGGAUCUCCGUUGGCUAAGACAGUCAAAUACCUCAUUAAACCAGUAUUUCUGAGUAGAAAUAGUGUUCAGCCCGUCAUACUGGGCAUAAAUGGUAUGAAUGGUAAGAAGGCAGCUUCUCUUAUGAAUCACUCUUCACUGUAAUAUUUAAUCUAUAAACACACACACACACACACACACGUGCAUUUAUAUUCAAUAUUUAAGGUUCCACCCCUUUAAGCUUGGUAGGAAACUAGACGCUUGCCACAGUAUGAGUCACAAUUUAUAUUUUCGUUAAUAUUUAUUUAAUUUAUGUUUAUACGUGUCAUUUUAUGAUACUUCUGCACAAAGGACAUACAUAAAACAUCAUUGUGUGCAUGGUGCUAUUGAACUGUUAAGCUGUAAAAUGCAAAAAGUUCUCGGUUCACAUAAGUAACUCAAGGAAUGUGUCAUAUAUAUCCUACAAGAGUGGGAUAAACGGUUUAGAAGGGGUAUGGCUUCUCAUUUUUGUAGGUUUGUGUCAUGAACCACAUCUACGUAAUGUAACGGUGACAUUCUCAUGGUCUGUGGUCCAACAUUCGUACCAGUACAUUUGUAGUUCUCUCAGACUGACAGGCUAAUAGGUAAUCUUGGUACAAUUUGAAAUGGCAAGCGCUAAGUGACAACGUAUAACUUUAUAUUAAGUUUGAUUUUGUACAAUCAUACGCAAGUGGUUAUUUGACAGAGGAAGUGAUUGGUAGCUAUUAGUGUUUUUCAUUAGGCGUUUUGUACUGUAUAUUAUUAAAUAUGAGUCACCUUGAUAUUUCAAUUCAUUUGCUACUUUAUAGCUCAGAGUGAUACCUUACCAGCCCAAAUGAUUUCAAAAUAGCUUAUUUUAUCUCAAAACCAAAAAGGUGAUCUUUAUAUCAUUUCAUAAUUAAGGUAUUAAUGUCUUUUUAGAAUUUAUUUAUAUUUAGCAUAUUCUCAGUUAAUGCUAUCGAGUGUCUGAACUCAACCAAAAGCAUUUCAGUUCUGAUAGAUUUUAAAAAAGAAUACAUUUGUAUCAUUUUUAUUAAGCUGCUUACUUAUGACUGACAUUACUAUUUCUGUCCACCUUUUGCUAAAGAUCUCUUUAAAAACACGCUGUUGCUGCAGGGAACAUUUGUUGGACAAACUGGUGGUGGGAUUGCGAGUCUGACAUUGUAGACCCUUUAUCUAAAAAUUGUGGUCAGAUAUCAGUGGGUCUGGUGUGUGUGCAUGUAUGUGUGCGCGAUUUAGCGUGUCUAAGCAUAAGUAUAUUCCACAGCUGUUGGAUUCACUUGAAUGUAUUUUCUAAUUAAAUUGCAUUGUAAAUCAUUUAACUGACAUUAAUUUGGAAUUUUUACUUUUUUGUGAGGGGCGUCGGCUGUUCAAAGUAGUAAAACAUGACCUCCCCAUGUAGUUUAAUGCACACUCAGUCUUAUUUAUGCUGAAAUAUAUUCUUUAGUUCAUUUGCAUACCUGUACUGUUUUUGGUCAAGCAACGGGGGUUAAAAUGACUGAUUUACUUUGGUGGUUUCUGCAUUGCAUUGAAAUAUUGUUAUCUGUUUGGCAUGCAGACAAUAUAGCCAGUAAGUAAAAUACCAGCUGAUUAUUUUUAUUUUUCCUAUUUAAUUUACAAUUUAGAACAGGGUGAAACAGCUUGACUUUAAGUCACACUUGCAUAUUUACUUGUUCCUAUAGCUUUUUUAUGCAUUUUUGAAUGACCUCAUAGGCGCAUAAAAACUGAAUGGAAUCUGAAAGUUGAUGUCUAUGCCAUUUUCUGCAGGCAUUGUGCGUUGGAUAUUCCCGAUCUCUUGUAAUGGCACUUAUGUCACCAACAAAUUAAAAAUCUAUGUAGAUAUCACUGAUUUAAUGUUAUUUUUGCAGUGGGUGUACUGUAGUGCAGCAGAAUAUAUUCAUGUGUGUGUCGUUUGACUUUGUUACCUUUCUGGACAUAAAGAAAAUACGUGGAA